CUCUCCAAAACCCUUCACCAAGGAAAAUCGAAUAUUAAUUCUUCUAUUUUUCACUUCCAUCUUUUCCUACAUUCAUUCUCCCACUUUGUAUACCAUGGCUCCUUCAUCUCGACUCUCCACCUCUUUUCUCACACUAUGUCUCUUCCAAUUUCUAACAGGUUCCUACUCGACGACAUUCACCAUUGUGAACAAGUGCAGCUACACAGUGUGGCCCGGCAUUUUAUCCGGUGCCGGAACCUCGCCGCUCUCCAUCACCGGCUUUGCUUUGCAGUCCGGCGAGUCCAACGUUGUCAGUGUGCCACCCGCCUGGUCCGGGCGCCUCUGGGGACGUACCCUCUGCUCCCAAGACGACGCCGGAAAAUUCUCCUGCGUCACCGGAGAUUGUGGCUCCUCAACCGUGGAAUGCGCCGGAGGUAACGCCGCCCCGCCGGCCACACUAGCAGAGUUCACUCUGAACGGAGCCGGCGGGCUGGAUUUCUUCGACGUGAGCCUGGUUGACGGUUACAACCUCCCGAUGAUCGUGGAGCCCCAGGGCGGAACCGGCGGCAGAAACUGCACCGCGACGGGGUGCGUGGUGGACCUGAACACGCCGUGCCCCACGGAGCUCAAGGUGACGAGCAGCGGCGAGGGCGUGGCGUGUAGAAGCGCGUGCGAAGCUUUCAAUGAUCCACAGUACUGCUGCAGUGGCGCUUACGCGACGCCCGACACAUGCAAACCCAGUUCCUACUCGCAGUUCUUCAAGAGCGCGUGCCCACGCGCUUACAGCUACGCUUACGACGAUGGCACCAGCACCUUCACUUGCGCCUCUGCGGAUUAUACCAUCACUUUCUGCCCGCAACCCUCCACAAGUUCGAUAAAAUCGGGGAACCCAAUGGCGGUGGAAACCUCUGGAGCUGAUUUAGACGGAAGGUACAACCGUGUUAUGGCGGUGGUUGUUUCUGUUUUGGUGGCGUUUGUAUCAACAACCGAGUUUGGUGGUCUUUCACUGGCGGUGUCGCUAUAAAUGGGUGGUGAAUUUGGUGCGCAAUGAUUUUCUAUUUCUCUAUGCGAAUGGGCACUUCCAUGAUGAUAUUCUACGGAAUCUAAGGUGCCAACUUGCGCUUUAAGAGAUGCGCAAUGAGAAUCUAUGCAAAGAUUUACACUUCUCAACUUGUCCAACCAAACAUUAUUUGGUUCUGUCUUAACCGAGCACUUGUUUGGAGUAGGAAGGUUCAUUUCCACACACGGAAUUAGAUAGCUGGCAUUUACAUCCUCUUCUUUCUCCACGGACUAACACAAAAGAGGACAUUCUCGGAACACUGUCACAUUUUAUUAUUAAAAUAUCCAAACCCCGUCAUCCCAGUGUAAAUAUGAACACCAACAAGGAUUGCUUCAAUUAUUUUUUGCUCGACGUGUUA